UUGGUUGAACCACUUCCUGUUUCCCGUCGUCCAUACAUACACGUGAAGGUCAGCUUUACAGCCAUAAGGCAUUCAUAAUUGGAACAAUAUUGCUAUUCCAACCACUUUUUGGAAAAAUAUGGACGGCCAGGGAGCGACAGCCGACCCUCAGCUUCAGCAUUUCAUUGAAAUCGAGUCUCAAAAGCAAAGAUUUCAGCAGCUCGUGCACCAAAUGACGGAGGUUUGCUGGGAGAAGUGUAUGGACAAACCCGGGCCAAAGCUGGACUCAAGGACGGAAGUGUGCUUCGUUAACUGUGUGGAGCGAUUUAUUGACACCAGCCAGUUCAUCCUAAACAGACUGGAACAGACUCAGAGGAGCAAGGGCUCAUUCUCUGAGACCAUGUCAGACUGAAAACUGUCACCGAAAGAACUGACAAGACACACGGGCCCUGCUCCAGGCCAUUUUGUCCUGACACAGCUGUCUGUGAAGAACUUUAAACUGGAAAAAAAAGACAUCAUCAUGAAGUGUUACUUUUGAUACAAGUGCCUCAGAUUAACACGAAGUAUGGGUGUAGAAGUCUAGGGUUGCAUUUGUCCUCCACUUAGUGGAAUUUAAGUGUUUAAAACGCUUAGAUUGUGGUCUGUUGCCAGCGUAGACCUCAUGUUAUCAGUUUGUAAAGUCAGUUCAUGGGUCAAACUGUUAAGACUGAGCUUGAAUGUGUUAAAAUCUGCUGCUGAGAAAGUGGAUUAAGAGACUGCAGAAGGAUGGAUGCAUCUGGGACAUUCAGCUUCAUUCAGCUGUUUUUGAAAACCUCACGGACUUCACAACACACACUGCUGUAAUUUAAGGGAACUAAUAAUGAUUUGACCGAAAGCAAAGUCGAGCAGUUCUGGACUGUACAUAUGCAAUAAACAUAAUGCCAAAUA